GGCGAGCCCGGAGACGCCAUUCUGGUUUGACGACCGUCCCGCAGCCAAUGCCGAGCAGGGACAGGCUGGAGCACUGGGAAACGUCAAAAUACGAAUUUCCCCUCCUGCACCUUUAGUUGGAAACGUUACCUGCAACCUGUGCUACUUUGAAACCUGGUUGGAAAAAGGCGGGCGAGCCAGGAGCCGAAGGCAUGGCCCUGUCCCAGAGCUUAGGCGACUCUCCUUGGAAGUGGGGUUCAAAAAAGCCCGGCACCGGGGCCGACCUGAACCUGCAGGAAGUGUACAACGAGAAGCACCGGCUGGCCCUGGAGGAGCUGCUCUCCGGAGGGAUCGACAACUUUUUGGACUUCCUCAAGAAAGAGAGGAUCCCAAACUUUCUGUCCGACGAUGAGAUCCGACGGAUCCGGGCUGGCGCGGUGCUCCCCCGGUGUGUGUCGGUGGAGCACAUGCUGGAGCAGUCGGUCAGCAGCUCCGUCGACUGCUCCUCCGUCACUUAUUUCCCCGAGGCUUCGGACGUGGAGCCCCCGGUGCUGGAGAUCGGCUGGCCCGCCUUCACCUCCGGCUCGUACCGGGGAGUCACCCGGGCCGUCGCACACUUCCAGCCCAGCUACGGUGAAUGCAUUUACAGCUGCAAAGAGGCUGCGAGGCGCAUGAUUAAAAGUGCCAAAGAGGUGAUUGCCAUAGUUACAGACUCUCUUACAGACCUGGAUAUCUUUAAGGAUCUUCAGGAGGCGUGCACGCGCCGCAAAGUCCCCGUUUACAUCCUCCUUGACCAAUCAUGUGCUCCUGCUUUCCUCAAGAUGUGCGGCAAUAUCAGUGUUCGGUUGGAUGACCUUCGGCAAAUGAGAGUCCGAACGAUAACAGGCACCACUUAUUACAUGAGGUCCGGAGCGAGGGUUACCGGGAAAGUUCACGAGCGGUUCAUGCUGAUCGAUGGAAACAGAGUGGCUACAGGCUCCUACAGGUUCAACUGGACCGAUGGCAAACUGAACAGCAGCAACCUGAUUGAGCUUUCAGGCCAAAUCGCGGAGAACUUUGACGAGGAGUUCCGCAUCCUCUAUGCCCAGUCUAUGCCUAUCAAUACUCGAUGUGCUGCAAGUGACCAUAACAGCGCUCUACAUCCAGUGUCCUCCUCCCCUCAUAUGACCAAAGAGAGGCUGUUGGAGUCUGUGUGUCUGACCAGCACUCCCAGCCGCAAACCCCAGAUCCCAGCGGUGCAGCCCCCCUGUGAGCCCCCGACCGGGGACACGGCCGGUAACAGCAGCCCCGCAUCCAACUCCUCCACCAUAGGCGAGGAUUGGAUGGAGCAGCAGCACAUACACGAGGAGAUCUUGGCUGGUAGUGCCACCCAGUGUCUCUCUGCAGAUGCCCCAGCAGUGGUAGAGCUGGUGACGACCGCGACCCUGUCCUGCCACGUCUCAACUCAGACUAGCUGGCCCACAGCAGACAGUGGCGCCCAGGCCGACCUAGAAACGGUCUCUCACCACCCCAGCCUUAUCACAUCCGUCUCUACUGCUGAGGAUGCAACAAGCAGCAGCCAGGGCGAAGCCGCUUCUCCCUCUUCUGGUUCUUGUUCUGCAGCCCCCGAGCGGAGCUCCCCGCACCACACGGUGGACCGCGGGCACGCCAUCCGCCACGGUUCAGCAGCUCCGGACAGAAACCUGAGGGACUCCUUCCACAAGUUGACCAAAGAGCGCCACUGCCACUAUUCCACGAUUCGCACCAAGCUAGAGCACAUGGUCACCAUGCUGUCCCAAAGACAGGAGCUGGCGGACAUCAGCAACAUGACUGUGGGACCUGGCGCUCACACGAGACACAAGGCACAGAGAGAGUGUGGGCAGAGGCCAAACCCCAGGCUGCUUGAUGACAGUGUGGGCAUGGGAACAUGGCCAAGAGCCAGAUGUGUACACUAGUUUGUCUUUGGCUGCAGGGACUUGGGGAUGGAGGGUACUGGGUGAAAGAGCUGUUGCAAGCUUUCAUAGAGAUCUACUGUUUCAAAUGAGUGGGUUUUGUUUUUUGCAAGAACAUUUCAGUGCUCCUCUUUAAACUUUCUCCAGAGUGCCUACUUUUUCUUAAUUUGUCCCUCUUGUCCAUUUCAAAGCAAAUGUUGGUGUUAUAGCAACACAAGGUUAUAGGGAAUCAUCAGCAAUAUUACUGUAAACACUUAUUUUAAGCAUAGACAGUGCAAUAAUUGUUUUUUGACCAAGUCAAUUUAAUAAAUGUUGUCUACUGAGAGAGGAGAAACAUCCAGUGUGAAUGAAAAUAGAUUAUGUAUGGAAAAAAAAAUGUGUCUUUGUGGAAUGGUAAUUAUGGUUAUUUGAAUUAAAUUUGGCUGCUGUAGCUGCAUCUGAACAUGAUUCCAGAGAGCAGCUGGCUCUCCAUGUGCCUUGCUUAAUGAAUAAAGUAGUAUUUGUUUCGAUGA